GAUUACAAAUUCUCGGUGUGUAUUCAUGGCGAUUGAGGAUCAGACUGGUAACACAUCAGCAGUUACUCAGGUUGUAGAGAUUGAUCAUCAUCAUCCACUGUAUCUUCAUCCAAGUGAUACACCAGGAAGCUCUCUAGUCUCUGUUCAGCUUACUGGACAGGAGAAUUAUGCAAUUUGGAGUCGAUCAAUGCGUCUAGGGUUGCUGGGAAAGAGAAAAUUGGGAUUUGUUGAUGGUAAGCAUCCUAGAGAAGCUUUUCCUGCUUCUCUUCAUGAUUUGUGGGAAAAGUGCAAUGCCAUAGUGCUCUCAUGGAUUAUCAAUUCUAUCAGGAAGGAUUUACUGAGUAGUGUUAUCUAUGUUUCUAAUGCUUCAAAGGUAUGGAUCGAUCUAAAGGAACGUUUUGAUAAGGUUGAUGGAUCUAGGAUUCACUACCUUCAUAAGGAGAUUCAUACAAUGUCUCAAGGAACUUCCACUGUAUCUAGCUACUACUCUAGAUUACGUGAGUGUUGGGAUGAAUUUGAUGCAAUUAUGCCAUGCCCAAGGUGCAAUUGUCCAGAGUCCAGAACAUAUAUGCAUCACUUCGAGUAUCAGAGAUUGCUGCAGUUUUUGACUGGCCUAAACGAUUCCUAUGCUCAGAGUCGUAGUCAGAUUCUCUUAAUGUCUCCUACACCCUCCAUUAACCAAGCCUAUUCCAUGGUUGUAUCAGAGGAAAGCCAGAGAUCUUUGGGCAAAGCAGUUCACUCUGCAGAAGUGGGUGAAGGUACUGCAUUCUACAGCUCUGGUAAUAGAGGCAAUUUUAGACAGGGAUCAAGCUCUAGUAAUACAUCCUCCAGAUCUGGAUAUCAUGGAGGAAGUUUCUCUAGUUCUGGUGAUAAUUCCACCUUUGGUAUUGGUAUGCCUAAUGGAUCAUCUUCCAACCUUAAAACUGCAAAAGGCAAUCAAGGUCUGUACUGUGAUUACUGUCAUCAUACAAGUCAUACCAGUGGUAAUUGUUAUAGACUACAUGGUUACCCUGCUAACUUCAAGCACACUUUCAAGAAGAAGUAUAGCAACUCACCCACAGUUGGAAGGGGAGGGACUGCUCACUAUGAUGCUGGAGAUGCUACCUCUCAAUGGAAUAGGAAUUCUGCAUCUGAUCUUGGAGGCUAUGCAGGUAGUUCUAUAAAUGCAUCUAGAGGGAUGCCAAAUUCUCCUAAUGUUGGCUCUGCAGGUCAGUUUGGAGAAAGUUCAUCACAUAUGGCUUCCCAAGGACCAUAUACAAGUGCUCCCUACUUCACACCUGAGCAAUAUCACCAACUUCUUCACCUCCUUGAUCAGGGAAAUGAAAGUAAUGGUACAUCUCUUUCGGCAUCAGGAUCUCUACAGUGGACAGGUGAGAGGGAUUGGUCAACAUGAUCAAGGUCUAU